AUGACAAAAAUAUUUCAAUUAAUUCAAAUUCCGAAACGUCUGUAUUCUGGAUCGGCUAAAGGCAAAGUGAUAGCAAAAAAAUAUGUAUUAACCAAAUAUUUUCAAGGUGAGCCGAAGGCUAGUGAUUUCAAAGUUGUUGAAGAAGAACUCCCGGAUCUAAAAAAUGGAGAAAUAUUGGCACAAGCCGAAUACCUGAGCGUCGACCCAUAUAUGCGAGCCUACAUGAUUGGUUAUAAACUGCCGACUGACAUGAUUGGGAGCCAAGUGGCUAAGGUAAUAGAGAGUCGUAAUGAUAAAUACCCAGUCGGUAGCUACGUGACAGAUUCAUUUGGAUGGCGGACUCAUACUAUUUGCAAUCCUGAUGCUGUACGACCACAGGAAGUUAUGCCUUUAACAAAGAUUCCAAAUGUCAAGCCUCAUCCUGUGUCCUUAGCCCUCGGAGUUUUGGGAAUGCCUGGAAACACUGCCUACUUCGGCUUGAAAGAGAUCUGCCAACCGAAAUCAGGGGAGACAGUUGCGAUAACCGGUGCAGCGGGUGCUGUGGGCUCGCAUGUUGGUCAAAUAGCAAAGAUUUUAGGUUGUAAAGUGAUUGGUUUCGCGGGAUCUGAUGCAAAAUGCGACUAUUUGGUCAAAGAGCUCGGUUUUGAUCACGCUUUUAAUUACAAGACAGCAGAUAUCAAGGCGGCACUGAGACAGGCAGCUCCUAACAGAGUAGAUUGUUAUUUUGAUAACGUCGGAGGUGAAAUAAGUCACACAAUCAUGACACAUAUGAAUAAGUAUGGCAGAGUUGCUGUGUGUGGUUCAAUAUCAUCGUACAACGACUUUAAACCACCAAAAGUGACCAUAAUGCAGCCGGCCAUAGUGUUUAAGGAGUUAAAAGUGGAGGGAUUUUUAGUAAACCGAUGGACGCAUAGAUGGGAUGAGGGCAUAAAUAUGAACUUAAAAUGGCUGCAAGAAGGCAAAAUUAAAUAUAAAGAAGAGUUAUACCACGGUUUUGAGAAUAUGGUGACAGCCCUCAAUGGUAUUCUUAGAGGAGAAAAUACAGGAAAAGCCGUUGUUAAAGUCAAUUAA